AUGGUUAAUCGUGCUUUUCUUUUAUGUCUCUUUUUGGCCUUUUGCAUUGCCAUGGUUAGCAGUGUUCCUGUGAACUCACAAUCAACUGACGUUUCUUCAAGCGACGCAGGUGACAUGGCGUCCAAGCUUGCUUCAGCAAAGAAACCAAUUGAGGCUUCCAAACUUGCACUAGACGGUGGACUUCUUGACGCUUUCUUAGAUUUAUUUGGCGGCAUUAUUGUGGUUGUUCUUGGAUGA